AAGCUAUUGCACGAAAAGAGCUUCUCGCAGCCGCACUACUGUGAAUAUCUCUAUGCUCAUAGCCAGGACUGUGGAUUGUGCAAAGGAGGGAUUGAGUGAGCGAGAGAGGAGGAGUGCUGGAGGGAAUACAGUUGGAUUUGGAUACAACUGGAAAACUACCAAGCGCGCACCGAGCGGAAGGCACAUCGACGGGUGCGUAGCCAACAUUUCACCUACUCCCCGUCCCCUGCGUUCGGAUUCAGGCGAGAUGGAGCUCCCUGCCGCCGGAGAGCAUGUCUUUGCGGUGGAGGGCAUAGAAAAGAAGCGCAUCCGCAAGGGCAAGAUAGAGUACCUGGUCAAGUGGCGAGGUUGGUCACCCAAAUACAACACAUGGGAACCAGAAGAAAACAUCCUUGACCCGCGUCUCCUCGUGGCGUUUCAACACAGAGAGAGGCAGGAGCAGCUGAUGGGAUAUCGCAAACGGGGGCCGAAACCAAAACAUCUGUUACUGCAGGUACCCUCUUUUGCCAGAAGAUCCAGUAUUCCUGCAGGUUUCGAGGAAUUAUCUCAGGAUGCAGAGGGUAGCCUCAAGUCCGAUCCCAUACAGGUCCAGCGCUCCCAGCCUCAACACUACCAGCUGAACAGCAAGAAGCACCAUCAGUACCAGCCCAGCAGCCAGGAGGUCCCUGCUGACCUGUUAACCAACAGCAAGAAGAAGUUCAUCUACCAGCUCAAUAGCAAGAAGCACCACCACUAUGAGCCUGACCCAAGUAUGUACGACGCACAGGCUUCUAGGCUCAAAGAAGUGGUCAAAGUUCAGGAACAGGCCAGUAAACCAGCAAAUCCUGGCUGGAACUUACCGCUGGCCCUGCAGCAGAAAUGGGUUCGUGACAAAGACACAGGCUGCUUGAGCAAAGUGAAGGAGUUGGCAGUGGAGGUGAGGAAACCGGCUGUUAAAGACGCUGAGAGCGAGCAUGCCCUUAAACCCAAUCCUAAAGACGCAACCCUGCCUAGCGCUAUUAGUAGCAAAAUGAAGAUAAUCAAGAACAAAAACAAGAAUGGGCGUAUUGUUAUUGUAAUGAGCAAAUAUAUGGACAGCAACAAGGUUCAUGGAGCAAAGGGUAAACAUGGGGAAUCAUCAAGUGAAGGGAAACCCCAAAACACCAAACCGUCCGAGAACAAUCCAGCAUGCACAACCAAAAUGGUGGUGUACCCGGAGAACGGUAUCCCCAAAGAGAUCUGUAACGGCAGCUCCCUGCCUGCCGCAGAGCAUCCUAUAAAGUGUUCCCCGAAGGACAGACAUUUCUCCAAACCUUCGCCAAGCACAGCAGAGGAAUACAACACCGAAGUGGCCCGUGGUCAGGCUGAUUUACCGGAUGAUCUACCCCUUCAGCUGACCGCUAGCUCACCCCUGACGUCCUGGGCUGUUGACACCAACAUCCAAACCCUGACAGCCGUCGACCAGAUCAGGAUUCCUUCUUUUCCCAAUGACCGCAAGCGAAAACUAUCAGAUCCCGUGGAGGACAGGAGCAUUUCCAAAACCUACCUGACUUCCAGAAGCUUCAGUGUCCCCAGCACUGUGGUCACGCCACCUCAGGACAAACCUAUGGACCUCCACUGUAGUGGCCCACGCCACAGCAGCACAUGUACAUAUGAGGUUAUGGACUCUGGCAGCCAAGAAGAGCCGAUGGACCUCAGCUGCCCAAAGACUAAGAAGCAGGUGGAGCCGGAAGUACAGGCGGAGCCUGAGCCUGCUGUUAAUAACUCACCUCCUGUGGUAGAAGACACACAGCAAUCCACAGAGAAAUCUAAGGAAGCACCUAUCAAAAAACUCUCCCCUUUUAUGGGAAAUAUCAUAAUCACUGACAUCACAACAAACAGUCUCACUGUCACCUUCAAGGAAUAUGUUUCUUUUUAAGAAACUGCUUGUAAAAUGGGACUGCUAGUGACAUAUUGGAUGAUCCUGUCAAUAUGUGCAUAUGUAAAAACAUCAGAAUUUUGUAUAUGUGGAAAUUUAUAAUUUAUCAUUCAAAUUCAAUAUGUUUCCUAUAAUGUUUUAUACUGUAACUCCUCUGUGAUGUUGUAGCCAAGAAAGUGCCCUCGAGGAUUUGAGCGAAUGCAUUUAGGUGGAUGUAUUCCACUGAAAAAAAUCAGUUUAUUUGUCAUAUGGAGCUUAAUGGGAUACUUUUGCUGUUGUUUGAUACCUGUACCAAACUUAUAACCUGAGAUGUAUGAGGGUUUAUACAUAUUUUGUAUGAAUAAUAUCACUUAUUUUGGUCCUAAUAGAAGGUAGAGAGGAAGUCGUUGCAUAUAUGGUGAUCAAAGAUCAAAUUGAAAGCACUUAAUUACAUUGUCAUAUGUUAGUUUGUUUCAUUACGAGUAGAGAAACAGCUGUUCUCUUUAAGUCUUAUUUCACUCCAGACAGAUACCCUCAGACUGAAUUGGCAUAUUUUAUUACAUGUUUUGUUUGUGGCUUGUAUUACAAAAUAUAUUUAGCCAUGACGUGCAAAUUUAAAAAGCAGGUGUGUCGGAGAACAGUGUAAACACAGUGAGAACUGUGGGACGCAUUCGUCUGUGUCAACAACCUCUAAGAAAUGUCUUUCCUUUUGUCAGGUUUUUGUUUCGCCAUUGAGACGCAACAAAGCCCUGAGUGAAUAUGCCGUUGCAACCUGAUCUGUUACUUUAUUGCACAUCUCACCUUUGGAAGGGAAUAAAAUGUGACACACACGUACGUUCUCAAGGCUCAGUAACCAUUAAGACAAUGGUGUCAUUUAUCACACAUGUGACUUCCCGUUAAGAAGACGUAUGGAUUCUUACCAUAAUAAGGUUGUGAUUUAUUACCUUAUUGUUGACCUCCCAUAUUGCUGGAGUUACUUUAAAAAUACCUAUGCUAGUCUUGUUAGGAGUCUCCUAAUGUCUCACAGAUAAGCAACAUUCAUCUCAUUUUGCUAUUGAAGCUCAUUAUAUGAUCUGAUUAGAAAAAGCUACCAGGCUCAUUAAUGAGUAUGUUACACAGAUUAAAUGUGAGUUACGAGGCUGGUUUUGUAUACUGUUUCACGUGAUCCAGUGAGUGCAAGCUGUUUUGAUUAUGCUGCUGAAAAUUCAAAUGUCUAAGCUAUUGGAUGUAACCUACAUUUGAGUCUAAAUUGCCUUCCAUGCAAAUCUAAUGCUAAAAUGCUAUAAUAAUAACAAUGAGAAGUGCAUAUUUAUUGACCUUUUAAUUUGUUGAUCAAAAAUAAUUACAAGAUGUUUGUCUGCAUCAGAAGCUGCAAGUGAUUCCAUUGAACAGCUUGUCCUUUUGUUGAAAGAUAUUUUCUCUGUCUGCUUUUUUUGUUCUUGAUCUUUUGCUUUGUUUUUGUUCAUCCUUUCUUGCACUUGGUUGAGAGUAAAAAACGAUUGUUCUGAAGUAUGUUCUACCACGAGUUGGCUGACUUGUUGCUGUUGGCAAAGCUUAUUGGAUGGUAUGUUUCACAAUAAAGAAAGAGAAGAGACCUCUUGA